UAAGUAAGGCAAAAAAAAACUGCGUCAAAGGUUUCCACUUUGCACGACGCCUUCAACAGCAGGCGACGUCCUGUAUUUUUCCGAAUAUACACAACCAGUGUAAUGGCCAGUGUUUGUAGAAGAAAAACCACAUCAGGUGUAAGAAAUGACUACAUAAGUCAACUACCCGCAGAGCUGAAGGAAUCAAUUCUAGAGUUGCUGAGCACACGUGAAGCUGCCAAAAUGGCUAUGCUUUCAACUCACUGGAAGGAUGUCUGGUAUGCUCACGGCCAUCUGGUUUUUGAUUAUGACUUCUUCUCAUAUUUUCCACCAGUCGGUUUUGAAGAUGAACCCGUAGAUUACAUGGAAAUAAUAAAUCGAUGCCUCAUGCUCCGGAUGGGAUCCGUUAAGAAAUUUACACUGGGACUUUCAGAGGGUGAGCAGCAGCGUCUCUAUGUAUUUAUUCCUCUGCCACUACCAGCUUAUAUAAAUCGUUGGUGUACUUUUCUAUCGAGAAAUGGCAUUGAGGAACUUCGCAUCUCUGUUGAUAACUGCAGCCGAACAUAUAAACUCCAAGAUUGUAUAAUCACUUGCCCUACAAUUAAACAACUCCUACUUGGUGGGUUUGUUUUUGGCUUCCCUGCUAAUUCACAUAGUGUGUUUCCUGGCGUCACUUCAUUGGUUUUUGAGUAUAUUGAAUUUCAGCCUGAUCUCACUGGAACAGUCUAUAAUGUCCCUAAUCUUGAGAAGCUCUCUUUUGAAAACUGUGCUGGGAUUGAUAAUUUUGUGAUUAACGCGCCAAAGCUUAAGUGCUUGACUACUAACUAUAAUUAUGAAAAUCUGACUGAUUCCAGAUGGUUUGUGCUUCAUUUUACAGUAAUCAGUACUCUUCAUUUGCAAGCAGAUUUGUUGUGGCAUAUGCCUGAUGCAGUAGCUGCAGUGACAUUCCCAAGUGCAACAAAUCUAGAAGUGUUUGUGAUCAAUAAUGUCGAUUUUAUUUAUACAAAGCACUUCACUUUUGUUAUUGAAUUGAUUCAGAAAUGUCCAAAGCUAUGUGAACUUCGUAUUGAGACAGGGAAUUAUUACGGUCAAGGAGAUUAUGAAGAAGAAGAUGCUUCCAGAAUUUUGGAGUAUCCCAACAGCUUUGUUAUUAAAAAGGAACUGCAAUUGCUUAAAACGGUGAAGAUGAGUGUAUUUCAUGGAUAUAGACUGGAAGUGCUAUUUGUUAAAACAAUCCUUUUUAACUCACCUGCCCUUGAGGAACUUGUUAUCACGAAAGCACCCCACGGUCAGGUGGCUUUGGAAAUCCCAGUGGAAAUUCUGUGCUCUCCUCGUUCAUCCCCAAAAGCCCAAGUUCUCUUCCUGGAGUACAAGUAUUAGUCAUAACUCUAUCUGCCGUGUAGGUUUUCCAUAUGUAGUAUAUACUCCCUCCGUCUCAAUUUAAAACGUCCUGUUUGACUUUCAUCCCCAAAAUGACACUUUUUAGAUACCGUUGACAUUGUAAGAAUAUGAGAUAUUUAUAAGGGGGUGAAAAGGAAAGUGGGCAGGGGUGGACCUAAGAAAUUUAUG